UGGGGUCAGGAGUGCCAGGAGCUGGGGGUUUCUUUGGAAUGAGGGAUGCCCGGAGCUGGGAUUUUCUCUGGGGCCUGCGACCGAGACCAGCAGUGCGGAGGAGGGAUGUGCUGCGCCGUCAGCCUCUGGAUCCGCAGCCUGCGGAUGUGCACGCCCAUGGGAAAUUUGGGAGAGGAGUGCCAUCCUUUGAGUCACCGAGUUCCCUUCUCCGGGCGCCGGAUGCACCACACCUGCCCCUGUCUCCCCGGCCUGGCCUGCCUACGGACUUCUCCCACCAAGUUCAAAUGUUUACCAGACUUCAGAAAAGAAGAUGUGUUUUUUUAGCAGGAGCCGUUCUGUGCUAGAAAGAGCCACUCCAUGUAUUCUUUUUCUUCUUGUUGUUGUGACGAACAAGGUACUUGCCGGGGGAAACCCUUCACCAUACACUUUCCUGCCUCACCAACAUUCAACCUGAAGAUGAGAUACCGUGCUGUGGUGGCCAAGGUUUUCAGGGGGGACUCGUGGUGGCAGAUGCUUUCAUUUUUGGGGUGAGCAAAAUGAGAUUUGCUGAGGUGAUGCUGCUCUCUGAGGGCGGGAGCUUAAUGAUUUCUGAACCGUCUCGUGGUCUUCGUGGUUCCAGCUUAACCCCAGAAUGAAAACAUCCCAGAUUAUUGUCAGGUUUGGAGAAUUUUGGCCACAUUUUCACACUUUGGAAUGCCCGAAUCGCACCAAGAGUUGCAUAAUUGCAUAGUGUGAAGCAUAUGAUGAUUGCCAAAAAACUGUAUUUACAUUACAUUUGGUAUCUUUAUUAAUAUAACUGUAUUUGUAAGUUAGGCACAUCUCUAGGGUAAAAGUUUAACCAAUAGAUGUAGUUUUUACACUUUUUAAAAGUGGCAGGUGGAACCAAAGCACUUCAAUAUUCAAAGCAUUAGAAGAUAUUUUAGUAUUCUAAGAGGAGAAGUUGUUGUUACUUGAGUUGGUGUAAAACUACCAGAUCAUCUCAAACUAUGUAUUAAGAUGUAGUUUAUAUUAAAAAAAGGAACCCUGAAGUUUGUUGUAAUGGGCUGCCUGACUUCUUGUAUAUGUAUCAAAUUUGCUGUGUAAAAAUUCUGUAUCAG